AACAACAGUCGUCACUUUCUCUGUGUUUGUGUGCCUCCGGCCUGUUUCUCUCUCUCUCGGUCGAGGCACGUCGCCGUACGUGUGUUUCGUGUCUGUCGACGGCGGCUGUGGACAUGGGGAGGUCACCGUGCUGCGAGAAGGCGCACACCAACAAGGGCGCCUGGACCAAGGAGGAGGACCAGCGGCUCAUCGCCCACAUCAAGGCCAAUGGCGAAGGCUGCUGGAGAUCGCUCCCAAAAGCCGCAGGGUUGCUGCGGUGCGGGAAGAGCUGCCGGCUGCGGUGGAUCAACUACCUGAGGCCGGACCUCAAGCGCGGCAACUUCACCGAGGAGGAGGACGAGCUCAUCAUCAAGCUCCACGAGUUCCUCGGAAACAAGUGGUCGCUGAUCGCCGGGAAGCUGCCGGGGCGGACGGACAACGAGAUCAAGAACUACUGGAACACGCACGUGAAGCGCAGGCUCCUCGCCCGCGGCGUCGACCCGCACACCCACCGCCCGCUCAAUGCCGCCUCGUCCGCCGCCGUGCAGGGGAUGCAGCACACGCCGUCGUCCCCCGCCACGUCGAGCGGCGCCAGCCACCAGCAUCUGACGGGCGGCUCCAGCUGCUCGCCGGACGCAAGCGGCCACAGCAGCGACGCCGACGACAGCGCGUCCUUGCUUCUCCCACCGACGGGGCACCUCGGCGGCAUGAUCGAUCUCAACCUGUCAAUUAGCCCGCCGUACCAGCCGUCUUCGCCGCCGCCAGAGACCAGGACCGUGGGCGACGGCGCGUUUAGGACGGGUUACUCUGGGAGGGAGGGGAUAUGCUUGUGCCUGAACCGGCUGGAUUUGCAGGGCGGCGUUGGGUGCAGCUGCGGUGGCGCCUCGCCUUCUUCUUCCUUGAACUCCGAAGUGUUCAGCUUUAGAUUCUCUAAUAAUGCUUCGCUUCAGAGAUCCUAGAGUACCGUAGGUCCGUAGCUUAGAGAUCGAUCGGAGUAUUCAGACUUCAGAGAACAAGAGUUCAGCUUAAUUAGAGAGAGAGGAGGAGAGGGAGUAUACUGAAAUUUGUGUUUCUUGGACAUUUUUGUGAGUUGAUCGUCAGACGAUGUUUUAUAUCUGCCUGUCUACUUUCUUUUCUUGUAUUUCUGGCCUGGA